UCAGGACAAUUUGCAGCCUGACCCCUCCCCCUGGACCGAGAGGAUGGGAUAAUUUACCAAACCGCUCAGACCACACUCUGGUGGCAGAUUUAGUUCGAAUAAAAUAUUAUCGAAAUGAGAUUUAUGGUCACCGUCCCACUAUGGAAAUAGCUGACAUCGAUUUUACUCGUCUCUGGGAGGAAAUUAGAGAGGCUCUGUUAAGAAUUGCGACAAAUGUUAGUCCUUCAAAGAGAGAUAUGUGGAAGAAGUCCAUUGAUGAUCUUCUUCGUAAUCCUUUGACGCCAGAUGAUGAAAGAUGCAUUGAAGAGCUAGAGACUUGGUAUAAGGGAGACGUUGAAGAUGAAUUGGAAAAGCUUAGAGAGGAGCUUAGAGAGGAGCUGAUAGAGGAAGUGAGGUCUGAACAACCCGUGGUCGUAGCUGAAGACUGCAAAGGUGCCGCAGCUUCCAAAAUCGUAACCAGUAAUGGAGCAUCACUGAGUGUAAAAGGCGUUACCUUGAUAUUUCCUCCUGGAGCUGUGAAAGAUCCUGUCACCAUCCAACUUACUUUGGAUGAACCUUACAAAUACUGCUACCGUUUAAUAGCUCGUUGUGGUCUCCAUAACGAUGUGAUAUUUGUUGCUCCCAUUGUCAACUGUCAACCUAAUGGCCAGAAAUUCGAAAACUAUAUCACUGUGAAGGUCACAUUGAACGAUAAAAGAGUGAAGUCACACGGUGAUCUCCUCGUCUUACAUGGAACUCGGAACAGUCAAAGCCAAAAGCCAAAUUGGGAGGAUAUCACUGAUGAGACCAAAUUUGAUUUUGAAACGAAGGAACUAAAAGUUAAGAUCAAUCAUUUUUCAGUGAUUGCUGUUCUGGCGAGGUUAUAUACGCAUUCUUGGGUAUGCACCAAAGAAUUUGUGACCCGGCUGACCUCCAUGUCCUUCAACUACGAGUUGUCUGUCCUCCUCAAAAGUAAUCAGCAACAAUGCCCCUCUGACGAGCUUGCCCUCGUGUUCAUGAGCCAAGACACGUACCAGGAGGAGUAUUACAGAGAUCAUGAUGAUUGUGCCCUGAUGCGGCUUAAAAAAGAUGGAUUUGAAGAACUUCCUAUUGACUGUAGAAAUUUACAGGAAAAUAACUGCAUUUGCAACAAGGAAACGUUAAAGAUCUCAAUUCAACUCGGGGAGGAUUACAAACUGGCAAAUAACCAGCAAAAUUGCUUUGAAGUUGUGGUGGACUCUGCUGCCUGGUGGAAAGCUGGACAUGUGAUCAAAUUACCUUUACAAGCUUCUGACGCGAAUUCCAAAAUUUUUUGUGGAAAGAUUCGUGUGGAAGGCAAGUGUGGGCACGAUCGCGAAAGCAAGUUUUGCCAGCAAGAUCUGUGUGGCUAUGUGAGACACGUUCUUGCUGUGAAGAGGGCAAUUUUCGACGUGAAAUCCGUAGCUCAAAAGCUCGAAUUACCCGUUGAAACUCAGCACCAAGUUGUUGCUUGUUGGCAAGGAGAGAAAGAACAACUGGAACUUGCAAUACGACACUGGAAGGAAAAGCAUGGGUAUGCAGCAAAUCCGAACAAUCUAAAAAAAGCCCUUGAGGAGCUAGAACCUGAAGAAUAUAAGGUGAAAGAGAGAGGGCAAUUGCAUAUUGAACUCUUGAGAGACCUGGCAAUCAAAAUCACACAAUUAAGACACAAGGAUUCUGACCAAAUGAAAUCUUUUGCUAACGAAGUUAAGAAGCUUUGCAAGUCAGUUUUGAUAGACUGCUGUAUUGAGAGCGCAACCUCCAAAGGAGAAAUGGAAUCAGCGAUUCUAAUGAGGAAUUUUGUCUCUGUUCUUGUGAUGAAAAAGCGACUACCCGAUAGUAUUGCAAAGACGUGCACAAAUAUGUUCUCAUCUCAAGAGGAUGAGUUCAUUACAACCAGUUUCCUACGCAUUGUUUCGGAGCUCAUCCAAGCCAUUAAAGAAAUCUUCCGAGAGGAAAAAAUUCAACGAACACCGAGUGGAUUAAGAGGAGUAACGGAGGAAGCAACUCUCCAAAAAAUUACUUCAGGCAUUCAAGGUGCUGCUCAUGAUAAGAAUAUUUUCAAACUUCUGAGUGAGGUGUGCGACAUUCUCGAGAUUCUGUGUCGAAACAACAACUACGAUGACCGACAAGAAGAAUCGCAGAUACAAAGAUGGGUUCAUGGUGUUAUGAUGGGUGACAUGUUGGAUUUUCUGGAAAGGUUCUUUCAAAGCACUGAAGCACGUAGAUUAUACAAAAGAUUAGAGUUGUUUUCCGUCUCUAUUAAAGACAUCAUGUUAAACAAUACAGAUUAUGAGGGAAGCCUCCUAUGUGGUUUCCAUAAUGUUGCAGUAAGUUUGCUGAAGUUCGCCAAGUUUGAUCCAUCACACCUUGUGCAAUUUGAACUAAAGGACCCAACUAACUCGAUCAACAACCAAACAAGAGAUGACAUAAAGUACGAUAUGUCGAAAGAAACAUUUUCUCAGCUCUUUUGGAUGAUCAAAGAGAGCGAGGAAAUAUUGCAACUUGAGGCCACUGCUCAUGUUCACAUUGGAGGACAUCUUCUUACAAUUGGAGCAUUUGAAGCAGUGAUCGUCCUUCCUGAGUCAAGUGGUGAGGUUGUUGAAAAUGCUCCCAUUACUUCUUUUCCAGUCUCAUUCAAAAGUGAAACUGACGGAGACUCAGGCAACCUUCAAGUUACUCUAUACUCUAGGCAGAAAGACGACAUAAGCAAGGCUCUGGAAUAUCUGGCGAAUGCAUUAAGUGGACAUUUGAUCUUCUCAGAACAAACAGAAAUUAAGGAAACCAGCCUCAAACUUGUGAACGUCGCUAGAGCAGGGACAGACGUAAGACUACGUUUGAUUCACAGAUGGGGAUCAGGGACCAUAGAAGUUGAAAGCAAUAGUUUUGAGCCUCAGCCGCUUGGAUAUUCAUCUCCCGAAUCUCAACAAAAUUUGGAAAUAACAGAUGAGUCUGAUCAACCAGCGGUGAGGGAAUCGUCACUUUUAUCAGGAACAAGCGAAUGCUUUGCGGAUAACCACAACAGUGGCAGCAACUUCAUGACUGGCUCAUCAAGUGCUGAACUGAUGCCUUUCUCGCCGUCGACAACAAUGCCAACGGUAAUAAACGUUAAUAACUAUUUUAAUCACACCUUCAACAUGGAGGGUCACGUUUGUGUGGCUGGAGACAACCCAAGUCUAAACGUUCAAGCACCUUCAUCUGCAGUACAGCGUUUUCUAGAGGCUGGACCGGGUGCUGCCACAAACAGAAGUAUAACUGAAAGGGCUAAUGAAGACUCAUGAAGUGAAUCGAUAGCCUUGGAAAGAAAUAUAUUGCUGAGUUCUGAUA